UUUCCUGUUUACAUUUGUGGUGUCAGAAAGUGUACUACUGUGUAGCACAGUUCCUCCAGGAAUUAUCCCAAACUAAAGUACUAGUACAAUUAUUUAUUAGUAGAGAAGCUUGCUAAUCGAAGAAAAGUUGCUCCGCUCAGUCCACCGAAAAUGAGGAGAUUCACCAGUAUUGUUUUGUGUGUCAUUCUUGCCAUAUCUUUGAAUGUUGCAGCUGAGCGUGGAUACUUCCAUUACCAAAGCCAUGGGAUGAAAUAUGAGCAGACGACACAAGAUGAAGAAACAUUUGUGAGAAGAAUCAACAAGGAGGGGGCAUGCCAAGAUUUACCACAAGAUAUGGCAGGCAUUUGUGUAGAAGACUGCUCUGGUGACAGCGACUGUGAAGGGAACUUCAAGUGUUGCUCAAAUGGCUGUGGGAUACAGUGCCAAAAACCUGUAGCAGAAAAGCAGUGCUCCAUUGCCUGCAACAAGAUGUACGAUCCCGUGUGUGGGACCGACGGAGUGACCUAUGGCAAUGAGUGUACACUGCGGUACCUCAAAUGCACCAGGAACCAAGAUUUCAUCCACCAGAAGAAUGAAGGAGAAUGCCCACACCAUCGCAGAGUGGGGCCAUGCGAGCAAGAGAAGAACCUGAAACUUGACAGGGCAUCCAUGGUUGGACAAACUACUCCACGGUGUGACAAUAAAGGCUUCUACAGACCCAUGCAGUGCUCUGGGUCAAUCGGAUCUUGCUGGUGUGUGACCAGGGAGGGCCUACAGGUGACGGAGGCCGAGGGCGUCAUGAUCAACUCAGAUGAGGACUGCCUCGAGUUUCUCAUGGAGCAAAAAUAGUAUUGCCCGUUUCACAUCAUAGGGUAUGGGUGACUUGGAGCAAAAAUAGUAUUGCCCGUUUCACAUCAUAGGGUAUGGGUGACUUGGAGCAAAAAUAGUGUUGCCCGUUUCACAUCAUAGGGUAUGGGUGACUUGGAGAAAAAACAAAGGAUAUUGAUUUGUGUUUGAAAACCUAAGAUACAUUUAUUGACCAGUUCCGUACUAAAUAACAAUUGGAGAUGUACCAAAGGACUUGUAUUUUACAGCUCAGUAGCAUAACUUUGCAUAAUUUAAGAUUAAAAGAUUCUCUGCUACUAAAAGUGGCUUAAAGUUUAAUCAGAUAUUGAUAAUCAGAAUUAAAUUUGAACUUUGAAAAAGAAAACUUUUGGAAAUCAACUAUGUAAUUGGAACUAAGAGUAUAUAAUUUGGUUUUUUUUACAUUUACAUGAUUUAAAAUAAAAGUUCAGGUAUUUGGUACUUAAACACAGUUUUUACAUUUAGUAAACAAAAACCGUACAGAGUCAGUAUUGUGUAUUAAAGUUACAUCAGCAUUUAGUUUACUAUUCAACUCAUGGUAUAUUGAACUCCUUAUUUGUGUACUUUAAAUUUGUACCUACAUUUAUUAGCAUGACGGCAGAAAAGAAAUAUUUGCGAACACAAUCACUUUCAUUUUGGUCAUAAUCACGGCAACUCUGAAUCAUUUCUUUGCAAAAUGGCAUGGAUCAGUGCUGUAAGUGGGUUCAAUGUUCAGGGGUUCGUUUUGUGGGCAGGUUUUUUUUGGGGGGGGGGGUGGCUCAUUUAGGCUGGUCGAGAACUCACAAACUUGAAUCCACCCACAACCAUUCGUUAAUCAAGUUAAAUUUUGUGCAUCCUUUACAAAAUGAUAUUUUUUUUAAAAUUCGUUAGAUACAUUCUGUGCAUAUGUGCCUUGCUAUUUAUACAAAACAGAAACUUGAAGUUUACUUUCUUAGUAUAAUAAAAUAAGAAGUUGACAAAUUU